CCUAAGCCCAGAUUGAGGGAAGGGGCCCCUCAUAGCUGUAGGAGGAGCAGGAAGCCAGGUGGCAGGCAUCAUCUGCGCAGGGCUGGGCUGCUGCCCAGUUGCCCUAGUGACUGUGACCCAUACCCUUCUCCCUGUUGCUGUAUAAAUAGAGGCGCAGAGUAGCAAAGAGCUCCUGGCAGCCACCAUGAGGGGCCUGAGCCUGCUGUGCUGCUGUGUGGUGUCUCUGCUGCUCCUGGGGACUGCAGAACUGCAAGUUUCUGCCACGGGUGGCACUGAAGAUGUUGCCAGUCUUGUUGAAAGUCACUUAUCAGCUGCAGAGCCAACCCUAGAGGAAGAGAAAGAAGGGGUACUUUACGCAGACUCUUUACCUCCCAAGAAGAACAUUUUUCUCCAAUAUGCAGACAGCAAUGAGGCAGCAGCCCAGGACAGGAGUGAAGUGUCACAUGACCAUGGGCCUAAGACAGGUGCCAAUAUAAAUAACCCUGAUGAUGGCUCAAACAGUGAUAGCCAAGAGAAGGACAAUGAAGUGAACAUUACAAAUACCUCCUCAUCAGUUUCAGAGCAUGCACAUGCUGCUGAUGGCAAAACUAAUGAAGGUGUAGAGAAGGAGGAAGAAGAAAUGGAGAAUCCUCAUGAAGAUGGCAGCAUGGAGAAGCCACUGCCCAAAGAGCAGCAGGUAGGCAGCAUGAAUGAAGCUUCAAAAGAGAGCAAGGAAGAAGAACUCAAGCUGAAAGAGGCCACAAGUGAAGAGUCCCAGAAGGACAAACAAGAUUUUCCUUCAAAUAGAGAUUCUGAAGAGAACGAGGUCCUGUCUGUAAAAGAGAGGCAGGGUAUUCCUCAGGGUACAAAGGAACUAGCUGAGGAGGAGAAAGCAGCAGAGAAUCAUCCAGGUCAUGAUGAUGACAAAGAUGCUGGUGAAAAUGAAAGCAAAAUGAGCAAGGGAUCCCAAAGGAAUGUGCAGUCCUUAGAUGGCUUAUCCUCAUCAAGAGAUGCCACACCUAGUGCUGGACCUAGUCUAGCAGGCUUGGGAGCGCAUUGGGAAGAGGUGACCCUGUCAGAGGAAGUCUCUGUGGAAGCUGAGGGCAAGAUUCAACAUGGCAGCCAAGAGGCUGAAUCUCAAGCUCAAGACAAGGACCAAGAUAAGAAUAGCCAAGACAAAGCAGUCUUUGCAUCAGAAGAAACCAGUCAGAUCUUCAGAGAUAUGCAUACCAAAGAGGAGGAUUUAGGCAAUGGAAAUCAUGACAGACCCAAUGACAGCACUUUUGCCAAUGGCCACGCAUUGGAAAAUGAUCUGGAGAAGCCAAAUGCUGCCUUACCUGAACAAAUAGAACAUUCAGAGGUGGGAGCAGAAGACUCUAAUGAGGAAGAGUAUAACAACCAUGAAGAAUCAGAGGAAGGAGGUGAUGACCUGGCAGAAUCAGAGGAAGAAGAUGAUGGCCCAGAAGGGUCAAAAGAAGAAGAAGAAGAGGGUGCUGGUUUAGCAGGGUCAGAGGAAGAAGGUACUGAGCUAGAAAGGCCAAAGGAAGAUGGCUACAGCCUAGCAAAAUCAGAAGAAGAGGGUGAUGGCCCAGCAGGGUCAGAGAAAGAGGAUGCCAAGUUGUCACAGUCAAAUGAAGAUGAUGGCUUGGUAGAGUCAGAGGAAGAAGCCACAGAACUGGCAGCGUCAGAGGAACAAAAUGAUGGGUCGGUAGAGUUGGAGAAAGAGGAUGCUGAGCUGAUAGAAUCAAAGGAAGAGGGUGAUGAUGACUCAGCAGCGUCAGAGGAAGAAGCUGUUGACCUGGCAGAGUCUAAAGAACAAGAGGAUAGUCCAGUAUUGUCAGAGGAAGAUGCCAAGCUGGCAGACUCAAUGGAAGAAGACCAUGGCUCAGUAGAGUCAGAGGAAGAAGGUGGUGUCCUAGAUGAGUCAGAGGAAGAAGCCAUUGACCUGGCAAAGUCAAAGGACCAAAAUGGAAGCUCAGUAGGGUCAGAAGAAAAGGGUGCUGAUCAAGCAAAGUCAGAGGAGAAAUCUGAAGGAGACACUGACCUAGAAGCUGCUCAGGAAGCUGCCAGUAAUACAGAAGAACACACCCAAGUAAACAAAGAAGAGCUCAACAAAGAGGAAGCCAAGUCUGAGUCUGCAGGCUGUGAGCAUGGACCUUGCAAAGUGGAGGAAAAGCACCUAGAGGACUCUCACAAUAAUAGCCCUGCUGCUGUGAAAAACCCACCUGUGGAUGAACAGAUAGUGGCAGAAACAGGCAACACCCCUGACAACAAUCCUCCUCCUGCUGUUGCUGAGACUGAGCCCAGAGAAAUAGAAGAGAUAGAAGAUGUUGUGGAACCUGCCAAGCGGGACCGUACCCAUAUAGAGAGCACUCUGAAAUUGAAGGAGGACAAACCAGCAGAUGACUACUCAGGUACAACACUGCAGAGGCUAAGGAAGAUCUACCACUCAUCUAUCAAACCCCUGGAGCAGUCCUACAGAUACAAUGAGCUGAGGCAGCAUGAGAUCACAGCUUACCCUGGACGCACCCUUGCCUCUUCAGGCACAGAUGGAGAGAUUACUUCCAAGCCGAUGGUGCUCUUCUUGGGACCGUGGAGCGUUGGCAAAUCCACCAUGAUAAACUACCUCCUAGGCCUGGAUGACACACCCUACCAGCUCUACACAGGAGCAGAACCCACUACCUCUGAGUUCACUGUCAUCAUGCAUGGCCCAAAGCUGAAGACCAUUGAGGGUAUUGUGAUGGCUGCUGACAGUGCACGCUCCUUCUCACCUCUCGAAAAGUUUGGGCAGAACUUCUUGGAGAAGUUGAUCGGGAUAGAAGUGCCUCAUAAACUUCUGGAGCGGGUCACCUUUGUGGAUACACCAGGCAUCAUUGAAAACCGCAAGCAACAGGAACGAGGUUACCCAUUCAAUGAUGUGUGCCAGUGGUUCAUUGACAGAGCUGACCUUAUCUUUGUCGUCUUUGACCCUACCAAGCUGGAUGUGGGCCUGGAGCUGGAGAUGCUGUUUCGACAAUUGAAGGGUCGUGAGUCUCAGAUCAGAAUCAUCUUGAACAAAGCUGACAGCCUAGUCACUCAGGAGCUCAUGAGAGUCUACGGAGCUUUGUUUUGGAGCCUGGCUCCUCUGAUCAAUGUCACCGAACCUCCCAGGGUCUAUGUCAGUUCAUUCUGGCCCCUGGAAUACCAGCCAGACACCCACCAGGAUCUGUUCCUUAAGGAAGAGAUUUCACUCCUGGAAGACCUUAAUCAGGUGAUUGAGAACAGGUUGGAGAAUAAGAUUGCCUUCAUCCGCCAACAUGCCAUCAGGGUUCGUAUCCAUGCCCUUUUGGUAGACCGCUAUUUGCAAACCUACAAGGACAAAAUGACCUUCUUUAGUGAUGGGGAGUUGGUAUUCAAGGACAUUGUGGAAGAUCCUGACAAGUUCUACAUCUUCAAGUCCAUUCUGGCAAAGACCAAUGUCAGCAAGUUUGACCUGCCCAACCGUGAGGCCUAUAAGGACUUUUUUGGAAUCAAUCCCAUCACUAGCUUCAAGCUGCUCUCAUCACAGUGUUCCUACAUUGGAGGAUGUUUCUUGGAGAAGAUUGAAAAGGCCAUUACGAAUGAGCUUCCUGAUCUCUUGGGAAGUAUUGGCUUGGGAAAAAAGCCCAGCAUUCUCUCCUGUGACACAACUGGCUGUGGCGAAACUCCAAAGAACCGUUAUAGAAAACCAUAACACGGUGUGUAAUGUAAUAAUUCAUGUGCUCCUAUUGGUGAAUCAGCUUAUGUCUUAUCUGUCCAAAAAAUCCAUGGUUUAUUAACCCUUUGAGUGCCACACUGGCAAGACCUACUGUACAAUGAGGACUUUGAGUCAUUGACAUCAAUGGCAGGGGGGAGUUGGGUGGGCAUAGGAAAGAGAAUAAAAACUGUGAAUUCCUGAUAUUUUAUCUUUGUUAUUUCAAACAGAAGGCAACGUGCAAGCUGUAAGUAAAAGCAAAUGAAUGGUGAUCUAGAGUUGUAGCUGCUUUUUCACUGGUACAGAAGCUCACAAGUAUGGAACAAGCAGUUCAACCUUUGUAUUCACUAUAAAAGACAGGGAGUGAGAAAUAGGGAUUCAGGCAUGAGAGCAGGGUGGACAUGAUAAUUUGGAGAAUCAGAGAGGGACACCAUUGGGGAAGGAGACUCAGGUGAGAAGUAAAUAUUGGGCUGUGGUUUUAUAAAUCCCUGUAGAUUUAUAGAAUCUGUGUUUUCUUUCCCAGACUUGUAGGCCAUCAGGUUCAGUGCUUUAAUGCACUAUACUUGGAUAACAUCUGACCUCUAACUGAGAGUUUUAGCAUUCAUGCAGAUAUUAGCCCACUCUGUCCCAGGACCACAGGUUCGGAUUUAAAAUAGGUUUGGUCCAAUCUCUGAGAACAUUUCGCUUUUAGAUCCAAAACGCUUUGAUGGGGGAUCUGGAAGUCUGGAUUGGAAAAAGAAAGAAACUGAAAUUGAACCAGUAAUGAUAACUGGUUAUAACCACUGCCUGAGACAGGGGUUAUAAACCAAGUAAAAGAAUGCUAAAGAAACUGCUGAAAGCAUCAGUCACUCCCAGAGGCUGGGUGCUUAGUGUAUGCAGAUGCUAUUAACUUCACAAAAUUCUAUGUUGACAAAUCAAACACAGACCUCACCAGGGCUCAGAGGGUUAAUUGAUUUGCAAUUUAACUUCAUUUAUGCCAGUGUUGCAUGUUUUCUCAGUCAGGUCUCUGCAUUUUUGUUCUGUUUGAAGAAACGCAGAGACACUGUGUGAUUUACUGUAGGUCUCCUUUAUUUCUUCCUGUCUUUUUGCUGUAGAUUAGGAAGUAGAAGGUUCAUGUGGCUUGUUUUAUAUGGACUGUAGUCAUACUUUAACCAAUUUGGUUGCUAUGUUGUUUCCUGGUCCUGGUACAACAACACUCAAAACUGUGAGUCUCAGUAUAAAUUAAUAUUGCUUGGAAAACAUCAGAACCAGUGUCAGCCUUUCUGCAUACAUAGGGCUUUGUACCUGGUGACUACAGCACAAGGGAAAAAGAAGAGGCCUUGUAACUAAGGAUAUAUUUUCUUGGCCAGAAUGACCCAGCACAGGUGGUUGGUGAGAUAAGAACUAACUGAAGAAAUAGACAGAAGUUGGCCUAGAUGUUGAAUGGUGCAUUAGAAGGCAUGAGGCUUGCUACAUGGCCUUUCCUCCUCAUUCUCCCUGUCACAUGGACCAGAGAUGAUUCUGGUCUUCAUAAAAACUGGAAAUGAAGGACUUACUGUAACAUACUAGUGGGCCAUAUCCAUCUGGGAACAAAAAUCAUAAGCAUGCCAUGUAAGGCAAGGCAAAGACAAGAAAGACAAAGGAAGUGACAUGUAUGUUUUCUAAAAAAAAAAAAGAACAUGAGAGGUGCUAAGCAGAAACUGUCAUAAGAACAUCACGGGUCUGGAGAGCAGCAUAUGUCCAUCCCAAACACCUGAACAGAAAUGGAGCUCAGGCUACAACAGGAACACCCCACACUAGCUAGUGACUCAGCUCCCCUUGUGCUGAAACCUCAAUGCUAAACGUUCCUUGAAAUGAUCCAGGUGAGGUCUGGCAGACAUUGCUUCAUGGAUGCUUGAUUUGGUUCACAUGUGCUACCAUGCAGGACUGUGCAGUCAAUCCAGUGAGGACCCCAGAGGCUGAGUGCAGGAGUACAGGUACAAGUACAUAGAUGAGUAAUGGGAAAGAAAGGGCAAGUUUCAUGCUGAGGGAUUCUGUGCACAGCACAGAAAGGAAGGGGGCAGUAAAUUAGAUAAGAAGAGGCGUGAGAGAAACUGGCUUCCAAAAUAGCAAAAAGAGAGAAGUGAUGCAUGCAUGAGUCAGAAUGGAGUAAAGUCUCAAACCUGCACUGGAGCUGCCUUCACUUCUAUUCUUCUUUUCUCCUUUUUUACAUUACCCCAUUGCUUGUCAUAUCCUCCUUUGUCUGUCUCACCCACUCCUUUUCACCUCUUAUUGUCCUGUUAAGCUUACCUGCUGCCUCCCUCAUUUGUCCUAUUUUGCAUGAUUUUCUUAGUAGCUAGUGAAAAGAAACACCGUUAGAAAUGUGCUAAUAUUGUCACUGCUGCUGCCAUCUCAUUGUGAAUUAGAUAUGGCAAGCAAACAAGGCCAUCAGACUGUUCUGAGUGCCUUAUCUUUCUUGCUGGUUCUUUGCCUUUUUGUUUCUCUGCAAUCUUUAGCAUACCUGGGGGAAAUUCUUUGACCUGUUAUGCAGGAGGUCAGACUAUACAAUCUAAUGGCCCUUUCACACCUUACAGUUAGUUUGAAAUCUUCCAUUUUAAUUUUGUGUUCCUCUGUCUUUCUCCUGUUCACUAUGUCUUCCCCUUUUUCCUGUUUUUUCUUUCCUCCAGUUCUUGUCAUCCCUUUCUUCUAGCCCACUAGCAGUCAUCCUGUAGGUCAUAAGACUACUGCUGUCCUUUUGGGAUAGGUGAGGAUCAUGGUGUGCCUGGGAUUCCACAGUUGGAUAUAAGCCCAGAAUCACUGUAGCAGAGAGAAAGGUCAAGGAUAUAACACCUGGCUGGCAGCAGGUAUUACACCUUCUGGAUGUUCCAUUGGGUAAAUGUCUCUUGCUGGCUUGGCUUCGAAAAUGAUGAUCUCUUGUGUGUUACCUGAUGAUGUCAUCUUUUUUGCACAAUAGAUAAAAGCAAAGCACCAGAGCUAGGGCCCUGAAUGGGUCUUCCCCUCAUUAUCAAGCCUUCCUAUAAUAACUCACAUUAAUAUUUUU